CUGCCUCGGCGGAGACGUCAAUCGGAAGUGAGGUAUAUGUGCUGGGCCCAUGGUGUCGUCAUUUCCGGAGCGGCUUGGCCUUGGGGGAUUGUAAGAUGGCGGCGAUCAGAAGCGUCAGGGCAGUUGCCGGAGCUCUUCUGCGCGCCCAGGGUCGCGGGGCCUGGAGGACCCUCAGUGCCUCCGCUGCCCCCCAGCAGACACUACGAAGCCAGACAGAGAAACAUGAAGGGCUGUUCAAGGUCACCAUGCUGCCUGGAGAUGGAGUUGGCCCAGAGCUCAUGCAUUCUGUCAAAGAGGUGUUCAAGGCUGCUGGUGUCCCUGUGGAGUUUGACGAGCACCACCUGAGCGAAGUGCAGAACAUGGCAUCGGAGGAAAAACUGGAUGAGGUUGUCGACUCUAUGAAGGAGAGUAAAGUGGCCAUUAUAGGAAAGAUCCACACGCCCAUGGAGUACAAAGGAGAACUGGCUUCCUAUGACAUGAGGCUCCGGCGCAAGUUAGACCUGUUCGCCAAUGUUGUCCAUGUGAACAGUUUACCUGGUUUUAAAACACGACACAACAACUUGGAUCUUGUGAUCAUCCGGGAGCAGACAGAGGGGGAGUACAGCUCUCUGGAACAUGAGAGCGUGAAGGGAGUCAUUGAGUGCCUGAAGAUCAUCACCCGGGACAAGUCGCAGCGCAUCGCCAAAUUCGCCUUCGACUACGCCACCAAGAAAGGGCGUUCAAAGGUCACAGCAGUGCACAAAGCCAACAUCAUGAAGCUGGGGGAUGGGCUCUUCCUCCAGUGCUGUGAAGAGGUGGCAGAAUUGUAUCCCAAGAUCAAAUUCGACACCAUGAUAAUUGACAAUUGCUGCAUGCAGCUGGUGCAGAACCCCCACCAGUUCGAUGUCCUGGUCAUGCCAAACCUGUAUGGAAACAUCAUUGAUAACCUGGCUGCUGGCUUGGUGGGAGGCGCCGGCGUGGUUCCCGGAGAGAGUUACAGUGCUGAGUAUGCAGUGUUUGAGAUGGGCGCCCGCCAUCCCUUUGCCCAGGCCGUGGGCAGGAACAUUGCCAAUCCCACUGCCAUGCUGCUCUCUGCCGCCAACAUGCUGCGGCAUCUCAACUUGGAAUAUCACUCCAAUGUGAUCUCCGAUGCGGUGAAGAGGGUGAUUAAAGUCGGUAAAGUUCGGACGCGGGACAUGGGCGGUUACUCCACCACCUCGGACUUCAUCAAGUCUGUGACUGACAACCUGCACCCACACUAUGGUGUCUAGGUCCCCACCUGAGUGUGGGAGUUCCUUGGACUUCACUUUGUUCUCCAGCACCCAUUUCUAGUGUACAAACCGAAUGGACCUUUCUCACCCUGCUCCCACCCCUAGGGGAGAACCUGAAUCAUGUCACCCGCUCUUAGGCUGCCGAAGCCAACCUGCCUGCCUGAAACCGCAACCCAAAGAGGGAAGGGACUUGCCUCUCCCCCAGCCUAGUUAUCUGUUACCAACCUCAAUCAUGGUCAGAUGGUCACCACAAAGAGACAUGGUCUGAA